UCUCAGCCGCGCUACAGUGCACGCGCUGCUCCGCUCUGCCGCGCGCGCGCGCGCAACGCUUCGACGCGUGAACUCCGUGGAGCUCGAGCCGCGCGUGUUGGAUUACCAUGAGUCUGCCGUGAAUCCGGGACUUUUCCUCACUGCCUGCGCCUUGGAGAGGGGGACGAUGAGCGCGAGGGUCCACAGCACACGCGCUCUUCAGGUGGUAUGGUGAGCGUUGGAGGGUGAUGAGUUGAGAGGGAGGGUCUUCCAGACCCCUCUCUCCCCACCCACCCACACAGACUGAGGCAUGUCUCUGUGUCUGCUCCUGAUCCUCUUAACACUGACCUCACACACUCAGGUGUCCUUGGCCCUGAAGGUGUUGAUGGAGCAAUGGGCGAGCUACAGGAAUGAGUGUAUUCAGAGCUUCAGGAACGCUCCACCUGUGGCAGGUUUGGUAUGUAACCGGACAUUUGAUAACUACGCCUGCUGGCCUGAUGGAUCUCCUGGCUCUGUAGUUAAUGUGUCCUGUCCGUGGUACCUGCCGUGGCAUCGGAAAGUUCAGCAGGGCCUGGUGUAUCGAGUGUGUGGUACAGAUGGCCGAUGGAGUGACAGUAAAAACACCAGCGAGUGUGAAGAGAACAACCCAGCAAUGAGAGAGUAUGGGCAGAUUCUCAGUAAAUUCAGGGCGAUGUAUACAGUGGGCUAUUCUCUAUCUCUGGCAGCUUUAAUCCUCGCACUGGGCAUCCUGGCUGCCUUCAGGAAGUUGCAUUGCAUGAGGAACAACAUCCAUAUGAAUCUGUUUGCCUCCUUCAUCCUGCGUGCUGUGUCCAUCCUGGUGAAAGAUGCACUACUGGACAUGAUCAAUACUGCCCACAUAGGACAUUUCCACUAUCAGAGCCAGAGCUGGGCCAAUGUAAAGAUGGUUGCUGGGUGUCGUGCUGCCAUGGUGAUGAUGCAGUACAGUGUUAUUGCCAAUAACUAUUGGCUGCUGGUGGAGGGUUUAUACCUACACAGCCUUCUAUCCAUAACUGUGUUCUCAGAGAGGAACUACUUCUACAUAUACCUCUGCAUUGGCUGGGGUGCUCCAGUAAUAUUUGUGUUGCCAUGGGUGACAGUCAAAUACCUGUACGAGAAUGAGCAGUGCUGGGAGAGGAACGUAAACAUGGGCUACUGGUGGAUAAUCCGCUCACCCAUUCUGUUUGCUUAUCUGAUUAAUUUCUUUAUAUUUAUUAGAAUCAUAAAGAUCUUGAUGUCCAAACUUAAGGCUCAUCAGAUGAGGUACACAGACUAUAAGUUCAGAUUGGCUAAGUCCACCCUGACCCUCAUUCCACUGUUGGGGAUUCACGCUAUCCUCUUCACCUUCGUCAUCGACGAGUCCGUCUCCAAAGAGUCUCUGCUGCGGCUCAUUCGGCUCUUCUACGACUUGCUCUUCAGCUCCUUCCAGGGUCUGCUGGUGGCCAUUUUGUACUGCUUUGUCAACAAAGAGGUCCAGAAUGAGAUGUUGAAGCGAUGGAGAAGGUGGAAGUUAGGGAAAGAUAUUGAGGAAGAGUACCGACACACCCACAGCCAAACUCCCCAUCCGAAGAGUGGCAGCACAGUCAUGCCUUUGCCCCCAGACCGCUCGGAUACCCCAGAGCCCCAGGAAUCAGCCCCACCUUCUGAAGAGAGCAGGCGACUUGUGAUCAGCUACCACCGCAAUGGCACAGGUGUAGGCCCAGGGAGAGGGAGGGUGGGCCUAUGCUUGGCCUCUGAGCGUCAUGAAGGUGCCAGUAACUGCAGCUCUUUAACGGAGGACAUUUGUUUGGAGGAGCGCCUGAACUGUCCAACCGGGGUGGAUGAGUGCGACAUCUGAGGGAACCAGAACCCUGAUCACUUCCUGCGAUGGACUUGUGCGAUCCUGAGAUGAUGAAUCCCAAAUUUGAGAUGAAAGCAUGGAUGAACAGGCAGUGUCCCAUCUAAGAGUUGAUUUUAGGACUAUCAAAUCUUGAGGUCUUUCAGGAGACUGUAAAAUGGCAUAGUGGAAGAGCAGUGGAACUAAAACAGAGAUUGUCCUCCUGCUUGUAGGCAAACUGUUGUUCAGUGGGGCAAGAAUGGUGGAUAUACCAUCAAGACACUUCCAUCUGUGCUAUUUCAUUUGGCUGUAAAGGACCAAAAGCUGAUCUCUGUUGCGUUUACAACUCAGAGAGCUACCAGUUUCCUGGUGGUUGUUGAGUUCGUCCCUUGCUGGAUACCACACUACUGUAAAAGAGACUGCACCACAAAAAAGUAUGGGUUUCAAAAUGUUUAUUUUGUUUGUUUUUUUAACAUGCCCUCUCCGAAUUUCAACUGCAUUGCAAUUGUACUCGGCUAGGUUUAUCUCAGCUAGCCAUGCAAAUAUUGAAAUGCAAGACAAUAUUACAAAGUUUGAACACGCCAUGCAUACAAUUUGUGGGUAAUUGCUUUGUUUUGGUGUAUUGCCUUACUUUUUGUUGUUGCCAGCUGUGUAGCUCUUAGCAUGCUAACUAGCAAGCUAGCAGAGUAAAGAAUUAAGCUAUAUUGGUGGUUGAGUAUAACAAACGGAGUAGUCCGCAAUCUUAAUCCCAAUCUGAAUAUUAUGGCUUUGAAGUAAUAAGCAUUUUAAAGUAGUUCACUGCUAUAGUUAAAAACAGCUUCAGCUCUUAAGGCAACACUUAUGUCCAACUGACGCCUCACCCCGAGGGCUCAUCUAAUAAACUUCAUUUGACCCAGUACAGUGUUCGAACAGCCUUCAAGAUUGUGUCUGGGAUCCUGCAGAGGAAAAAUGCCGAGGUCAAGUGGACAAGGUUAAAUCUCAAAUGGGCAGUGUUAUUCUUAUAGAUACACCAAGGAAGUGCCAGUAGCUGUUUUCACAUGGGGUUGUUUUAACAGGAAGGGAGUUGCCCAAAGUUUUUUUCACAGUUCUGAAAAAGUUUGUAGGUUCGAAAUGCUUUGAAUGCGAUCUGGUGUAGGACAAGCUUCAAUUUAACUUUUGCCCACUCACCAUCCAAAAUGCGUCACACAUAGAAGCAGGUAAAAUCCAGCCAUGAGUCAGCACUGGCUUUGUGGUUUCAUUCAGUUGUUAAUGUAACUAAUGGAUUUAAAAAUGAACAAGGUUCAUUUUUUAGCUUCAAGGUUUUUGGCUUCUCAUUAUGACAGUCUCCAGCUCUUGGGUCUCCUGACUAUGGCCCAAAGUUUCAUAAGCCAAAGCCUUUCUGUUGUACAAACACGGAAAGAUUUAGCCUCAAGCGAGCACCUGGCAGCACUGAAAAAUCUCAUAAUAAUGUUACAACUGAUGAGCGUUUGUGAGUCUACACGCAAAUUCGCACAGGCACACGCUCUAUCAUUCCUCUACAGUGCCAUUCCAGGCCUGAGAUUACCCAGGAUGGGAGAAAUGUUCUUGAGAGAAUCUGAACUCGACUGAGAGUUGUAAACGCUGCCUUUACUGGCAUCCACUGGGGUUCUUCUUCCAAAUCAAGAAGCCUCUGGGGCUGAUUAAGGGCCUAGAGUAGUGCGACUGCUGUGUGGGAACAGCAUUCCAGAUACUGCAGGGAAUGCAUGAUGUGGAAAAUUACAUGCUUUGCCAUUUGUGACUAUGAAGACAUUUGGGUGUAGCGUUGCGAUAGUUCUGCGAAAAAUCAAAUGUACACUAUUGUGUCUUUAUUCCAAAUGUGGUUGAACAGCCAAGACAUGCUUUGUAGUUCUACAAUGCAACUAACAAAUAAUGGAAGCUUAUGCACACCAAUUAGCUUGGUGAUAACCACAAGCCUGAAUCCUUACUUUCUUCUCUUAAGAUCUGAGUUGUUAAGUAAUGCUCUAGACUUGCUUCUGUAGUUUCUAUAAAGGUUCUAUUCCAGUUUGAGGGUUCUUUUGUGAACUCUUACUUUAUAUGGAGGUUCUUUACAAUCACACAAAAUGGUUCUAUAAGGAACGAACAAUUAAAAGGUCCCAAUAAAAACAGCCAAUCCAGGUAGUGAAGGCUUUCGGUGACAUCUGAAUGUUAGAGUACGUUAGAUCUGAACUUUCCAGGGUGGUAGAUCCCUAAAAUCAGGAUUCGGCAUUGCUAGGAAAGGAACUCUAAGUUUGUAGUCAUAUGUUUUUACAAACUUUGGAUGUUUUAAUUACAGAGUAACACAGAUAUAUGUACUCAAGAUAAGUAAGCCAUGCAAACACAACCGUUCAAAACUUUGAAUUAGGCUCCCGAGCGGCACAACCAUCUAAGCAUUGGCCAUAUCAUCGGGGGGUUUGAUCCUUGGUGAAGCCAUCUGUAGCUGGAGGUCCGAGAGACCAUAAUUGGCCUCUGUUAGCUGACAUAACAGAACUAGCAGUUGGUGCUUUCCUCCAAGUGUGUUCAGCUGUCUAAUGAUGUUGCAUUAGCUGUUCGAAAAGAUGCAGCGACUCACUUCCCAGGACUCAGAGGAAGCCUGUGCUAGCCUUGCCUUCGCCCUCCUAGCACUGGUAGAAUCAUGUGAUUGUUGGGGGGGUGUUAACUAGGGGGUGGAAUUGGACUUAAUUAGGGAAAAAACUGGAAAAAAAUACUUUGAAUUCACUUGUCAUCAUUUUUUUUCAACAUGAUGACUACAAAAUUAUAUACUUCAAAUAUUUGUUAGUAAUAUUCAUUAUCAAAGUGUUCAAAUGUGGGGAAAUUGGGAUGGAGAUCGGUUAGAAGACAUGUUAUACUCGUUAUACCUUUCCAGAUAUCACUUCAUCACCGGUGUACAGUCACCUAUAAAAUUUGGUCAGUACAUGGCAGAGCUAACAGUUUUAGCAGCUAUAUUGGAGCCUGAAUUUUGUAGAAGAAAACAAAAUAAUAAUGAAACAAACCACCAAAAUGUCCUGUCAAGCCAAUGACAUUUGGAGUAUAGAACAAAACCCGUAAAUUAUUUCGAUUUUUUUUUUCUUUGUCAAACUUUAACUUUCCACUGUGUUCCUGUUUAUAUUGCAUUGUGUGUAAUUUUGCCAAAAGUAUUUAUUCUUGCUGACGAUGUUUCCUGUGUGAUUGAGCCAACAUUGAGUCUGCUUUAUUUUCUGAAUGUACAGUAGUGGUUUAUGUGGACAAGGGAAAGCCUGGCGAAAGGCCUUUUAAGCUAUUGGGGUUGUGCUAAUGCUCUCAGAGUCUUAUGUAUAUACCUAUUUGAGGAAAAGAAAGAAAAGAACUGUUCUGUGUUUUGUUUUGUAGAUGAGAACCUGAAAAGAAAAGAUUAUAAAACAUUACUGACUGAACCAAA